UUUAGGCUUGGGUGUUUGUCCUCAGCUAGUGCAGUGGUUAUUGUUUUUGCUAAUAUUGAAUUAUUUCUGUUAUAUUGUGAUUAAAAUUAUAGUUUACGAGCAUAAGUAUUCGUAUAUUUUUUUUUAUUUUGUCGAUAUAAUGAGUUGCUCGGACUCAGAUCCAGGGAAUAAAGAGAAGACCAUUGACGGUUCUGACAUGGGAGACGUUAUUGGGAAAGAGACCGAUGAAGCUGAGACUGAAGAGAUGUCAUCCGAAUUUCUAGAAAUUGUAUCAGAAAGAGAAGAUGCCGAUGGAGCUGCGAGCAGCGAUGAACAAAGAGCUCCUAAUUCUGAUAUCCAAAUAUUCAGUUGUGAAGAGGUGAGUGAGGGGGAGGAGGAAGCAAUGGCAAAGGAUCAACCCUGCUCCUGCGAUGCUUGCAAGGACCGCAGGGGUGUCACUGAGAACACAGUGGAGGAGAUGAGGAGACUGCAAGCCCAUUGGAUGGACCUGAGGCAGUACAUACGGAUGGUAUACCGUAUGGCUAUGGAGGUCAAGUCCCCGGCUGAUGGCUACGAACACUAUAUUAAGGAGCACGUUCAGAAGCUCUGUAUGUGCGACCCACACCAGCUGUUUCAAAGGCUUGAGUCGCAAGUCCAGGAGUUUGUGAUAGAGACCAAAGUAAGACAACUGGAACUGCUCAAGAGGGAGAAGGACUCACCAGUAUUACCGUAUCUGUUCAUAUCAGGUCUACUAGAGAGCUACAAGAAGCUGAUGGCAGCUGCCAACGAAUUGGCACCACUGUUAGAGCAGCUGCAAACUGAACACCUUAACAAGUUCAACCUGACCUGGAAGGUCCUCAACCAGCAUCUCUAUCAGAGUUGUGUCUACACAGAUCCUUUUGUUCAGAACAAAGUUCCUGAGUGUAUAGCCAAGUUGAGUAACAGUUCUCCAGAUCCUGGUGACAAGUAUAAGAAGUUAGUUCGAGAGUUCCUGAGCUUCGAUGAUGAGAUCACACUUGUCGGUAGUUUGUGGCGGGAGGCAGAGACUCGAAUACAUCAGUACAAUCAAGAACAGGCAACACUGAAAGCCAAGCAACGCAUGAUGAAAGAAGACUGGGAACUCUUCAAAGCUCAAAGGAAACUUAUUCAUCAGAAAAUGUUGAGUAAGGCUAACAGUGAUCUGAGUGGCGAGGCUACGUGUCACCGUAGUUGUCCAUGUGAUGAGUGCGCCAUGAGUCACCUGCUAAGCUGCGGCGGGCUGGUCACUCCACCCCACUCACCUUCUCUGCCCCCCACCAGUGAUCACAACGGACGCGGGCGCGUGGAGGGAGAGGGACGAGAGCAGUCAGAAACGACAACAGAGUGUGAGUGUCACGUGUGUACGGCACCUCCCAUCACUUCACCAGUGGUGGAUUUGGAAACAGCGGGCUCAAUGAAUCUCAACCUACACGGAGGGGGAUUUCACUUGUAUCCUCACAUACAUGGUACUGGCGGAGUAGUGGGAGACAAUGUGGCAAACGUGUACCCCCAUUUGUACAACAUACAUUCCUCGCUCCUGUCCAACAAUAAGCAUUUGGACUCAAUAGACCAUAAACAGCCAGUACAGGUAGGAGAGGCGAAGGCAGUACCCACGCUCAGGCCGACCACACCACCUAUCCCCCCACCCAAACGCUCUGAGCCUCCGCCGCCUAUCACAAUCACACCAGUUCCUCCACCUGCUCAACCAGCCAAAAAUGAGUUGAAGGGAAGUGCUACUACGAAGCCCCACCGACACACUACCACCCAGACACCUGCACCACGGCUACACCAAACUUUGCCAGAUGUGGUACCUCCCACCUGCCACAACCACGGAGAACGUAAACCUGCUUGUCAUGGACACGACCACGAUGAUGAAACGAGUCCCGAAGACAGCUGUUCCGACAGAUCUUCAUCAACACAACGAGGAGACUCCCGGCACUGUGAUUGCUGUUAUUGCGAGGUGUUUGGUCAUGGCGUGCCGUCGGUGGCUCCGGUGAGUCGCAACUACACUGAGAUGCGGGAGAGACUGAGACUGCUACUAACCAAGAAGAAAGCAAAGUGCAAGUCUUCACCAACUGCCCCUCCUCCUACUACCACACCGACUGCAGCACCGGCAGUCCCAGUCACAGGUCAGUUGCAGCAGGGUAAUGCAGCAGGUUGUCCUGUCAAUGGAGAAGUUGAAACACCCAAGGAUCCUAGAGAUCUAGAAGACUUACUAGACUUCAUCGAGGGCAACCCAUCUCAGAAGUGUAAAGAUGAGAAAAAGGCUGCUAAAAAAGCGAGACAGAAACAAAAAAAGCAAGAGGAGAUCGAUAGGAAGAGGCGGGAAGAAGAGGAGGCAGAGAGGCGGAGGAUAGAGGAGGAGGAGGCAGCACGUGCUCUGUUGAAACAGCAGAGGAAAGAAGCAAAGAAGGCAAAAAAGAAGAAGAAAGCUCUGGCGGCAUUGGCAGUGAAAACAGAAGAGCAGGGUCCACAGAUGGUGACCAUCAAGCGUGUGAUGGAGCCCAACUGUGCAGAACCUACAGUCACCAUCACAUUGCGUGGAGCCACUCCCAAUGAAGAUAAAGUGCUGUACACACUGCUCAAUGGCCAAGUUUGCCAGGUGCCAAAGGAUUCCAAAAGUAAUUCGAAAGCCAAGCAACAAUCACAGCCUAGUGGAGUGAAAACUAAAAACAUUCAGAGUGGCUCCAGUGUAGUGAAUCAAAGCAACAGUGGUCAGGGACAUUCGGGUAAAGUGAACAGUAAAGUGAAAAAAGAAACCAAUAACCAAAAGACUGUAGUAACAAAUAGUCAUACAAAAAAGAAAGAAGAAUCCAGUUCCAGCUUAAAGACUGUGUCAGCUCCAGUAUUCACACCCUCCCACAACCCAGUCCCACCGCCACCACCUCAUGUUGUCCCAAAACUGACAAGUCCAACAGCGAUACAGAUCAACAAUGCCAUCAAUCGACUGUCAUCACGUCAAACACAGUCAAGCAACUUCAACCUGGAUGGUCUCAAGCUUCCUCCUGGCAUCACCAUCACCAAAGUGGACCCAUCUCAGGUCUCAGCUCAGAGGAAAUCUACCUCUCAGCCAAGCAAGCCAGUUGCUCCUCCCCCACCACCACAACAGAUGCCAGCCACCUCCAAUGUAAUUGUUGUGGACACUGGUAAACUGAAAGAUCUCAGCUCUGUUCCUAAUAAAGAAUUUACGGAUGAUUGUAAUGGAAAGAAGAAAAAGAAAAAGAAGAAUGGCAACGGAACCAAUGUAAAUAACAACAGUAUUCCAAUAAAUGAACCACCCAAAAAUAAUAUGGUGCGAUUGACCAUGAACGGAGGCCCACCCAAGAGGGUAGUAAGUGCUGCACAGCCACCCAACGGCAAGGUGAUGAUGCCACCACAGGCCGCAAUUAUCAAAGUGAACGGUUCAAUGGUGACAAUCCGUAGUCCAGCACUACAGCAAGCCCUCAGCGCAAAACAGCAGCCAGACACCUCGGCCGAUCAAUCAAAGAAAAAAAAGAAGAAAAAGAAAGGUGUCAACGGCCAAGGCCAACAAGACGACUCGUGGAACAUUGAUGAAGACAGUGUAUUUGCUCCAAAAGAUAUCGACUUAGAGAAUGGAGAAAUGGAUGAUGAUGAACGUGAAUUGGAAGCGUUUAAGAGGUUUUGUUUGCAAUCAGUUCCACCCAAGCGAAAGGAGAAGGUUCAUCUUAAUAUCAAGGACAUUGUACUUAAAAAGAAGGCGUCUGCCAUCAGUUGUAGUUAAGAUGCACUGCCUAAGAGAUCUGUACAGCAUUAUAACUGUAAUACUACAGUAGUUAGAAUCUAUGUGAGACACAUUUUCUUUAAUGCCAUUUAGUUUUAAGAUGUACAAUUUUUUAAGAGAUGAUAUAUUUGUUUGAUUUAGUGCAGGUUGUUUAUAUGUCUGUACGGCUUCCAGUAGGUACUGCCACUCUGGUGUUGUAUUUGUUAUACUAAGUUAUAUUUAAGUCGCAUAUAAAGUGAAUAAAUUUUAUUGCAUUUUUU